CCACCAAUGAUCAACCUGAAUGUGGAUGAUGAUGUAGAGUUUGUCAGAAGAACUCUGAAAGUCCAAAAGCGUCGAUUUGAUGCAUCAUUGGUUUAUUUGACCCGAAAAUUCAUGGAUCUUGUCAAAACAGCUCCAGAUGGCGUCCUUGAUUUAAAUGAAGUGGCAACAACACUUGGAGUACGAAAAAGACGAGUGUAUGACAUCACCAAUGUGUUGGAUGGAAUCCACUUAAUUCAGAAAAGAUCUAAGAACGUUAUCCAGUGGAUAGGUUCUAAUCUUGACCAAGUUGUUGGAAAAGCACCAGAGCAGCAAAACCUUAAAGAUGAACUUUCUGACUUGUCAGCCAUGGAAGAAGCUCUGGAUGAAUUAAUCAAGGAUUGUGCUCAUCAGUUAUUUGAACUAACAGAUGACAAAGAAAAUGCAAAAUAUCCUUUCAACUCUUGCAUUACUUUAACAU